AUGUGGGUCCACAUCUGCGUCCUAAACAUGUGCGCACAGAACACAAGGAAAGCAAAGACUCCUCAAGUCAUCCGCCCUGAACACAGCCCUGACACAUGUGCCUGCAUCACACCCAGCGCUGGAUGCGCAGUUGUCAUAGCAAUGAGUGCGUCUGGGCACUUUUCAGAGAGGCGCACUGACUCCGCGCCGAUGCGCACUGCACUUCUGCUCCACAGGAGCGCGGCUGAGGCUCGGCCCCAGACGCCCCAGACACACACCACUCACGUUUCCGCCCGGGACGGUCACGAUAAAAGCACCGCGGGAAACUCCACUAACAGUUCCCGCGCCCUGGUAUUAUGUAGGAUAUUCCACAACCAUCACCUCUAG